GCCACCCAGGCAACUUUCACAAUUGCACAGCUGUUGGCUUGAUUUGGGGCCUUACCAGGCCGUUAAUGUUGAGGCCUUUCUUCGCAUCAGCUCAGCAAUUCAUUUAAAUUGAUCAGUGACCUUUGCCAGGACCAGUGCAGAAAAAAAUUGCGACGCAGUGGAAGAUUUGGGAUUGCAUUCCUCAUAAUUAGAUAAUAUUGGGCUCUUCAAGAAUGGAUGUUGUUGCAUUGAUAAUCCUUUGAGUAAUGUAUAUACGAGGCUGAAAAAUGCAAAACUGUUUGGAAAAGCACUAAAGCUUCACCACCAAGCCUGGCUAAUGUUUGCUGCUGAUUUUUGCCUUGAAGAAUUACCAGACAUUAGACAUCCAGCCAUGGAGUUAGAUUUCAAUGUCGAGGAGCUGAUUGAUUUGAGUUUUGUAACAGAUGAGGAACUAGAUAUGAUUGUACGUGUUCUUUAUCGGGAUGCCGAGCUCCGUUUAUUGGAGGACGAACGGAUCAAGAAGUUGCAACAAUCGGUUCUUAAUCCUGAACAGUUAAAAUUUGUAACAGGAGAUUGGUUUAAGGAAGUCAGAGCAAAGCGACACACAGACAAAAAGUUUGGAUCAGACAUUGUACGUGCCUCUAUUCGUAAGAAGAAAACAGCAAAAGGUGAAAUUCAGAAAAAAGUGACAAUUAAUGAUGAGAAGAUCGUUAUUAAUGAGCAGGAGGAUCCAGAGAUGGAACAGCUAAAGAAUGUUGGUUCUGAACGAGAAAAUACAAGAAUGGUCCAAACAGAUGGUGAACAGGAAGAAAUUCAUGACAGGUUUAUUGACAAUGAAAGCAAUGUGACUUCAAAACAGGAAACAGUAACACUAUCUGCCGACAACCAGACCCAGAGAAAUCACCACAUGGUCUCUGAAACAGCAGAUGAUGACCUGUUGAGGACUGAGGAAGGAAGCAUAUUGGUCCCUACUAUUUCAGUACAGAAUAUUGACAAGAUGGAUUGUGAAACUUGCUCCCUACAAAAUGAUGAUUGCAGUGUAUCAACAAAAGAUGUGGAUGUUAACAGUGCACUGUCAAAUUUCCAAUCCCCUAGCCUCAGCAGCAGUAUGAUGAGUUUGUACAGCAAUGCUGAUUUUGGCUGUGUUGACGUGAGAGGCAGUAUCACUUUCUCACUGCAUUAUGAUGAGAAUAGUCGCGAGUUCUACAUUUUCGUGGUGCAGUGCGAUGAUCUUGCUGGAGCCAAGAAAAAUCGUUCUGACCCCUAUGUGAAGAGCUAUCUUCUUCCAGAUAACUCAUCUCGAAGCAAACGUAAAACAUCAGUGAAGAAGAAAACCCUGAAUCCUACAUUCAAUGAGAAAUUAAAGUACAAAAUGGAAAAAGCUGAACUGCAAAGUCGAACAUUGAACCUCUCCGUGUGGCACAGUGAUCACUUUGGCCACAAUCUCUUCCUGGGAGAGGUGGAGAUCCAAUUGGAAUCAUGGGAUUGGAGCAAUAUCAAACCUACAUCCUACAUCCUACAGCCACGUUUUGCAGCUCUAACAAAUGUGAUCCGAAGCAGAGGUCACCUGUCCUUAUCGCUGAAAUUCGUUCCAGCAGGUGCACAUGGUCAGGGAAAUCCUCCCACCGCAGAGUUGCACAUCUGGCUCAAGGAAGCUCGGAAUCUCCUCCCAAUCCGAUCAAAGGGCCUCAACUCUUUUGUCAAAUGUUAUAUUCUCCCAGAUGUCAACAAGUCCAGCCGACAAAAGACCAGAGUGAUAAAGAACAAUUUGAAUCCUGUGUAUAACCACACAAUGGUAUACGACGGCUUUCAAACAGAAGACAUCAGUGCUACCUGUGCUGAGAUCACUGUCUGGGACCAUGAUACAUUUUCCAACCAGCUUCUUGGAGGAUUGAGGCUAAGCCUAGGAACAGGUCUCAGCUUUGGCCAAUCUGUCGACUGGAUGGAUUCAAAUGAGGAAGAGAUUUCUGCAUGGCAAAAAAUGCUUUCUGCGCCUGGGCAGUGGACGGAGUCCAUAUUACCACUCAGAUCCAACAUGAAUUUGAUGGAAUUGUUACAGUCUGCAAAAUAAUUUACAUCUCUGUGAACUAGCCUGUCCUUUGGUAAUGUUCUGCGUAGGUUACAGGGUCUAAGAUGCAGAACUAAAUUUAUUCAGACAAAUUUAGGAGAUGGAUUGAGGAGAUAAGUUUCUGAGUAUUAGAAUUUUGAGAUUAAGAGCUUGACCCUGACUAUUGGGUCUGAGAAGAACACAAGAGUUUCAGGAUUAAAUUUGAAAUGAUAGCAAUAUGAACUGUAACAUGUUGGUACCUCUAUAUUAUUGGGUUUUUGUGAAGGGCCUUGGACUUAUCAGAGCACUACAGUAGAGCCUAGAUUUCAUGGUGAUGAAAUGUCUGUAUAACAACCAGCCAGCUCAGCGAGCAAGCCAACAACCUAAUGUCUACAGCGUGGAAGCAGGCCAUUUUGCCCAUAUAGUCCACAACCAUACUCCAAAGAGACCUACUGUCCCCUACCCUAUCCCCUAUCAUUUCCCUCAGCUAAUCCGCCUAGUCUGCACAUCUCUGGACACUGUGGGCAUAGUCAAUCCACCUAUGUCCCCUAGUAAUUCUACCCUGGGAAAAAGAAUCUGACUAUUCAUUCAUUCAUGCCUCUCACAAUUUUGUAAACUUCUAUCAGGUUGCCCCUCAACAUUCAAGCGAAAACAAAUCAAGUUUGUCCAGUCUCUCCUCAUAGGUAAUACAUUCUAAACCAUGCAACAUCAUGGUAAACUGUUUCUGUAAUCUCUCCGGAUCCUCCUAGUAGUGCAGUGACCAGAACUCUACACAAUAAUCCAAAUGUGGCUGAAUUAUUGUCUAUACAGUUGCAACAUGACUUGCCAAUUUUUAUGCUCUCUGCCGUGGCCAAUGAAGACAAGCAUACUACAUGUCUGCUUGACUGCAUUAUCCAUUUGUGUUGUCACUUUCAGAGAACUCUGGACCUGUACGCCUAGAUCUCUCUAUAUAUUGAUACUACUGAGGGUUAUGUCAUUUACUGUAUACUUACUUACGGCCAUAGAUCUCCCAAAAUGCAUCACCUUAACUUUUCUGGAUUGAGUUUAUCUGGCAAUCCUCCUUGAGUUAACCCAAUCUUUGUGUCACCCUUAAAUUUACAGGUUUAAUCAGACCACCUACAUUGUCCUCCAAAUCAUUUAUGUAUGUUACAAACAACAGAGGUCCCAGCAAUAAUCCUUGCAGAACACCAUUGGUCACAGAUCUCCAGUCUGAAAAACACUUCCACUGCUAUUCUCUAUGUUCUAAAACUAAGCCAGUUCUUUGUCCAUCUAAUCAGCUCAUUAGGGAUCCCAGGUGACUUCACCUUCUACAUCAGCUUGUAACGAGGGACCUUAUCAAAGGCCUUGUGAAAGCCCAUACAGACCACAUCUACUGUCUUGCCCUCAAUCAUCUUUGUCACUUCCUCAAAAGCAUAGUUUGUGAGAAAUGACCUUCCCCUCACAAAGCCAUGCUGCCUACCACGAAUAAGUCCAUGAUAACACAGCGUGGAGCUGGAGGAACACAGCAGGCCAGGCAGCAUCAGAGGAGCAGGAAAGCUGACGUUUCGGGUCAGAACCCUUCUUCUGUAGGGUCCAGUUACAGCAAGACAUUAUUGCUCUUGUAUGCAAAAACUCUUCCAGUGAAGGUCAACAUACCUUCCUAAUUGCCUGCUGAAUUUAUAUGCUUGCUUUAAUUGACUGGUGUACCAGGACGUCCAGGUCCCUCUGUUAAACAGCAUUUUUCCAAGUUAUCAUUUCAAUAAUUCACAAUCCACAAUUAUUAUCACUAUUUUUGAAAUAGUGACAAUAAUGCCAUUCUGCUCCUUACCAAAAGAGAGAAAUUCACAUUUAUCUAUGUUGUAUUGCAAACACCAUGUAUUUGCCCAUUCAUUUGUCUAAAUUACCCUGCAGCCUCUUUACCACCUCCUCAUUACUCACAAUGCCAUCUAGUUUUGUCAUCAGCAAACCUGGAGAUAUUAUAUUUGAUUCCCUCAUCCAAGUUGCUCAUACAUAUAAUGAAUAGCAAGGGCCCAAGCACUAAUGCCUGCAGUACCCUGUUAGUCAGCUUCUUCCACUUUGAAAAAGAUCAUUUAUUCCUGCUCCCUUUUUUAUCCUGUUUGCAAACCAGUUUUUAAUCCAUGCCAGUAUAAUACUCCCAAUCCUAUAUGUUAUAGUUUUACACAUUAACCUCUUCUGUGAGACUUUGGUCAACCUCUCACAUUUUAAGCUUUUGAUAACAAGGGAGAAACAUUCUCUUUCUGACUAUCUCCUCCUCAGCUUUCCCCAAAGGAAGCAUACUGGUAAUAAUUCCUUUAGUUUUUAGCAGCGAUCUGUCCUUCAUUUAUUAAUCAAACAGUUUCUCAUUGAAAGUUUUUUAAAAAAAGAGUUUAUUUUAACCAGAGAACAUAAUACUUUCUAUGAAGCCCUUUUGUUUCCUGAACCCAUUCAAUUAAGAUAGGGAAGUCCACAGUUUCAAAUGAGUUCAAUGUGUGAAGUUGGUUGAUUUUAAGUAGAUCUUUGAAAUUUAAUUAAAAUUGGUGUCCAUUGGACAAACACAACCUCAGGGCUUCUCCUGGGUUAAGGUCACUUCUCGCCACCCAAGAAAUCUGCAAACCUCCAAUUCUGUCAUUUAAGUAUACCUGAAUUUUCUCACUUCACUAAAGAUAGCCCUGUCUUCAAUUAUCCAGGUCCUAAGCUCUAAAAUUCCAGCACUAAACCUUUUCUUCCUUUCCAGCUGCAACUUAAUGGCUGUUUGACCAAGUUUUUAUCUUAAGUAUCUCGUCCUUUGGCUCAGUGUUAAUUUAUUUUUGUUUGAACCUAAUGUGAAGCACCCUGAGACAUUUCACUGAGUUGGUGUAUUGUACAUCCCCCUGUCACACAACUGCUGAACACAUUUCUGCACUUGUCAUUUUUGUUUGAGAUGUUCAUUGAUUUUCUUUUUUGAACCACAGACCUUCUCUAGAUGGCUUAAUUGUAUUUUUAUGGUAUUUUAUAAGAUAGAAUGGACUUCAUUUCAGUUAUUUCUCUGAGGACGAUAUGGAUCUUUCAGCCUCUCAGUUCAACACCUGCGUCCCAACCUGAUGGCCAGUGACCCCAGUGGGGACCCCAUUUUCAGACUACAGAGACUUGGACAUUUACUCACCCUCCCCGAAAAUCACCCACACACCAAAACAUUUUUUAUCUCCAGCAUGUUUGUCUCUGAACUUAAUAACUUAGUGUUUGUUAAGUCACCUUAACUUCCUGGUUUGGUAUUUUAUACAAGCAUUUUUCAGUGAAAUAAAUUAAACACCUGGGUGAAGUUA